AUGGUCGCGGCACACACCUCCUGCCACCCGUCCGCUUCUGCCGAGUGGAUCAUCUGUCUGGAUAAGAGACCGGAGGAGCGUUCGGGGGAGGAUGUGGACAUUAUCUUGGCCCGUCUGAAAAGUGUGAAGGCCUUUGAGAAGUUCCACCCUGCACUACUUCAGCAGAUCUGUCUGUGUGGCUUCUACGAGUGUCUGGAGAAAAGCAUCACAUUGUACAGGCAGGGUGACAUUGGCACUAACUGGUACACCGUCCUGUCCGGUUCCCUAGAUGUCAAAGUCUCAGAAACUGCAAACCAUCAGGAUGCUGUCACCAUCUGUACGUUGGGCAUCGGCACAGCUUUCGGAGAGUCUAUUCUGGACAACACGCCGCGGCACGCCACCAUUGUCACCCGAGAGUUCAGUGAACUGCUGCGGAUUGAGCAGAAGGACUUUAGGAGACUGUGGGAGAAUUAUCGUCAGUGUAUGGCUGGUCUGCUGGUCCCUCCCUACGGUGUUAUGGAGAGCGGCCCAAAUACUGACAGAAUGCCAGACAAAGAGAAUCUGAACAACAGUUCACCCGGAUCAUCAUCCAAACACUUAAAUAAGGUGCCGUCAGAAAAGAUCCUGCGGGCAGGUAAAGUGUUACGAAACACCAUCCUGUCCCGAGCACCUCACAUUAUAAGAGACAGGAAGUACCACCUUAAAACAUACAGGCAGUGCUGUAUGGGCAUGGAGCUCGUUGAUUGGCUGAUGCAGCACACUUCCUGUGUUCACGCUCGUGUUCAGGCUGUAGGGAUGUGGCAGGUGCUGCUGGAGGAGGGCGUCCUAAACCACGUGGACCAGGAGCUGAGUUUCCAAGAUAAGUAUCUGUUUUAUCGCUUCCUGGAGGAUGAGACCGAGGACGCACCCCUCCCCACUGAGGAAGAGAAGAAAGAGAGCGAUGAAGAACUACAGGACACCCUCCUGCUCCUCUCUCAGAUCGGACCUGACGCCCAUCUGCGAAUGAUCCUGAGUAAACAGCCUGGCCAGAGGACAGCAGAUGACCUGGAGAUCAUUUAUGAGGAGCUGCUGCAUAUUAAAGCCUUAUCACUUCUCUCCACCACUGUGAAGAGGGAACUAGCUGGUGUUCUGAUAUUUGAGUCCCAUGCCAAAGCAGGCACAGUGUUGUUUAAUCAAGGGGAGGAGGGCACGUCAUGGUACAUCAUCCUGAAGGGCUCCGUUAACGUGGUGAUCUAUGGAAAGGGUGUAGUUUGCACGUUACAUGAGGGAGAUGACUUCGGGAAGCUGGCUCUGGUGAAUGACGCACCUCGGGCAGCGUCUAUCGUACUGAGAGAGGACAACUGCCACUUCCUGAGAGUGGAUAAAGAAGACUUCAACAGAGUCCUCAGGGAUGUGGAAGCAAACACGGUCCGUCUGAAGGAGCAUGAGGAGGAUGUGUUAGUUUUGGAGAAAACUAACAACAGGGGCUCCAGUUCCUCUCCUCUCAAGUACACGGUGAUGUCCGGAACUCCGGAGAAGAUUCUGGAGCAUCUUCUGGAGACAAUGAAGCUCGACUCCCAGUUCACAGAGUCAGAUCCUGCUCUGGAUGACUUUUUGCUUAUGCACUGUGUUUUUGUCCCAAACAGUCAGCUGUGUCCUCUGCUCAUGGCCCACUAUCACGCUCAGCCGUCUCAGGGCAGUGAACAGGAGCGGAUGGAUUACUCUCUCAAUAACAAGCGCAGGGUGAUUCGUCUGGUCUUACAGUGGGCCGCCAUCAACACAGACCACCUGCAGGAGGAGGACAGCUCUUUCAACUUCCUCCAGGAGUUUUAUGAGACAGUGUGUGAAGAUUCCAGACUCAUUCCAGCUCUGAAAGACCAGCUGCCCGAACUAGAGAAGAUCAUCAAGCAGAACUGUGAUGAUGGCCGGCCCUCUCAGAAAAAGCACAAAGUCCUGCUGCGUCAGUUCAGCACAGGGAACGACAGACUGCAGAAGAAACAGCCGAUCAAAAGCACAGACGAGAUCCUCUUUAAGGUGUACUGCAGUGAUCAUACGUACUCCACUAUCCGAGUGCCUGUCGCUGCGUCUGUCAGAGAGGUCAUCGCCGCUGUUACCGAUAAGCUGGGGUCAGGAGAUGAUCUUCUGCUCAUCCACCUCAACUCAGCCGGAGAUAAAGAGCUUCUAAAGCCAGCAGAUGUGUCCAUCUUCUCAUCACUGAGCAUUAAUGGUCGUCUGUUUGUCUGCCCGAGGGACCAGAUCGACUCUUUGACUCCGCUGCCGGAGCAGGAAGGGCCGUCUGCAGGCUCCAUGUCCACGUUUGAGCUCAUGAGCUCGAAAGAUCUGGCUCAUCAGAUGACUCUCUACGACUGGGAGCUCUUCGACUGUGUACACGAGCAUGAGCUGAUCUACCACACGUUUGGCCGUCAGCACUUCAAGAAGACCACGGCUAAUCUGGAUCUGUUCCUGCGGCGCUUUAAUGAGGUUCAGCUGUGGGUGGUCACAGAGGUUUGUUUGUGUCUCACGCUCAGCAAACGCGUCCAACUGCUCAAGAAGUUUAUCAAGAUCGCCGCGCACUGUAAAGAGUUUAAGAAUUUGAACUCAUUCUUUGCCAUUAUCAUGGGCCUGGGAAACCCUGCGGUCUGUCGACUCAGUCACACAUGGGAGAAACUGCCCAGCAAGUUCAAGAAGUUUUAUGGAGAGUUUGAAAACCUGAUGGAUCCCUCCAGAAAUCACAGAGCGUAUCGACUUACAGUGGCCAAGUUAGAGCCACCUAUCAUUCCCUUUAUGCCUUUGUUAAUUAAAGACAUGACUUUCACGCACGAGGGUAACAAGACGUUUACUGACAGAUUGGUGAACUUUGAGAAGAUGAGAAUGAUCGCAAACACAGUCAGAAUCAUGAGAUACUGCCGGAGUCAGCCAUUCAAUCAAGAAGCACCGCAGGCGACUGGUAAAAGCCAUCAGGAUGUGCGGAGCUACAUGCGUCACAUUAGCGUGAUUGACAACCAGCGUACCCUGUCCCAGCUGUCCCACAGACUGGAGCCGCGCCGGACCUGAUCCUCGGCCCUCAGUGCUGCUUCACCUCUGCCAGUCAAUAAGCUAGAGCUGCACAUGAACAGAAGCCUUCCUCCGCUGCAGCGUAUGCACACACAAGGGCUUUCCCUUUCUUUGGCUGCUUGUGUGAAAGCGUGGCUUCAUUUCAGUGUACGGCUGUGGACGUUCAGAGCUCUGUUUGUGACCUUUCUUAUAUUCUGCCACGGAUCAGAUGUUCCCCUUGCUUUCAGAUUGUGUUUGGAACAGUUGGACACUUUAAAUGGUGUUUUGGAGUUUCAAAGAGUUUGUCCUGUGGGAGCUUUUGGAGACUCUUUUUUCAUCAUUUGAAGGACAUUCUGAGUUUGCUGACCUUAAAAAUACAGUU